AUUCAAUUAUUUGUUUAUGUGGUUCUGCAUCUGUUUAGAUCGGUGUGUGGAACUCAAACACCGGCCUUAACCUGACAGACAGCAAUAAAGACAAAAACACCAACGUGACGGACUCCAUGGCCAACCGCACGCUCAUCGUCACCACAAUUCUGGAAAACCCAUAUGUGAUGUACAAGAAGUCAGAUAAGCCGCUGUAUGGGAACGACCGGUUUGAAGGCUACUGUUUGGAUCUCCUGAAGGAGUUGUCCAACAUCCUGGGCUUCUCCUAUGAAGUCAAACUGGUGUCUGAUGGGAAAUAUGGAGCUCAGAAUGACAAAGGAGAAUGGAAUGGCAUGGUCCGAGAGCUGAUCGAUCAUGUGGCAGAUUUGGCCGUGGCGCCACUCACCAUUACUUACGUGCGAGAGAAAGUCAUCGAUUUUUCCAAGCCCUUCAUGACCCUGGGAAUCUCUAUCCUCUACCACAAACCCAAUGGCACCAAUCCAGGUGUCUUCUCCUUCCUGAAUCCGCUCUCUCCGGAUAUCUGGAUGUACGUGCUGCUGGCUUGCCUCGGGGUCAGCUGUGUGCUGUUCGUCAUUGCCAG